AUGGUUCAAUUGGGUGACUGUAAUACUGAUAACUUCAUUUGGGUAUUUAGAAGACACAUUGAACUUUCCACAUAUCUGGUACCCCAGGGGACCGAUACGGGGUCGCCGGUCGCUAGGUCGCGUGCCGGGACUGAGUGCAGCUGCUGGGAUCCCGAGGGCCGCCGGGGAGGCUCCUUUGAUUACCAGCGGCGCUGGGACGGCGGGGGAAAGGAGGUGGCCAAGUUGGAGAAGCACUUGAUGCUUCUCCGACAAGAGUAUGUCAAGCUGCAGAGGAAAUUGGCUGAGACAGAGAAGAGAUGCACUCUUUUAGCUGCACAAGCAAAGAAAGAAAGCAGCAAUGAGUCCUUCAUCAGCCGCCUGUUGACGAUCGUGGCUGACCUCUACGAGCAGGAGCAGUAUAGUGACUUGAAGAUAAAGGUUGGGAGCAGGCACAUCAAUGCUCACAAGUUUGUCCUGGCGGCCCGCAGUGACAGCUGGAGUCUGGCCAGUUUGUCUUCCACCGAGGAGUUGGACCUGUCAGAUGCUAACCCUGAGGUGACAAUGACAAUGCUUCGCUGGAUCUAUACGGAUGAGUUGGAGUUCAGAGAAGACGAUGUGUUCCUGACUGAGCUGAUGAAACUAGCUAAUCGGUUUCAGCUACAGCUCCUUAGGGAGAGAUGUGAGAAGGGUGUGAUGUCUCUGGUGAACGUCAGGAACUGUAUUCGCUUCUAUCAGACUGCGGAGGAGCUGAAUGCCAGCACAUUGAUGAACUACUGUGCAGAAAUUAUUGCAAGUCACUGGGAUGACUUACGGAAGGAGGACUUCAGCAGCAUGAGUGCUCAGUUGUUAUACAAAAUGAUCAAGUCCAAGACCGAGUACCCAUUACAUAAAGCUAUCAAAGUAGAGAGAGAAGACGUGGUCUUUCUUUAUCUGAUUGAAAUGGACUCACAGCUCCCUGGGAAACUGAAUGAGUUGGAUCAUAACGGAGACCUUGCAUUAGAUCUAGCCCUUUCCCGACGGCUGGAGAGUAUCGCCACCACGCUGGUUAAUCACAAAGCUGACGUGGACAUGGUGGACAAGAACGGCUGGAGCUUGUUACAUAAAGGAAUCCAAAGAGGAGAUCUCUUUGCUGCCACUUUCCUCAUUAAGAAUGGGGCCUUGGUCAAUGCUGCCACAUUGGGUGCCCAGGAGACACCAUUGCACCUCGUUGCAUCGUACAAUUCAAAGAAACACUCAGCAGCUGUGAUGUCCGAGAUGGCACAGCUCACAGAGGCCCUGCUGCAGGCUGGAGCGAACCCCAACAUGCAGGACAGCAAGGGCCGGACUCCCUUACACUUGUCCAUCAUGGCCAGGAAUGAAUACGUGUUCAAUCAGCUGCUGCAGUGUAAACAGUUAGAUUUAGAGCUGAAAGACCACGAGGGCAGCACAGCUCUGUGGCUUGCCGUGCAGUACAUCACUGUGUCUUCCGACCAGUCCGUAAACCCCUUCGAAGACCUCCCUGUGGUGAACGGGACUUCAUUUGAUGAAAACAGCUUUGCAGCCAGGCUCAUUCAGCGUGGCAGCAACACCAAUGCACCUGAUACAGUAACAGGAAAUUGCUUACUACAGCGGGCAGCCGAAGCAGGAAAUGAGGCAGCAGCUCUUUUCCUGGCAACCAAUGGUGCCCAUGUCAACCACAGGAACAAGUGGGGAGAAACCCCGCUUCACACAGCCUGUCGGCAUGGCCUGGCCAACCUCACUGCAGAGCUGCUGCAGCAGGGGGCCAACCCAAACCUGCAGACGGAGGAGUCCCUGCCGUCCCCAAAGGAGGCUCCGUCCCUGCCCAGCUCAGCGGACAGCAGCGUCUACCUGCAGACACCCCUGCACAUGGCAAUCGCCUAUAAUCAUCCAGAUGUGGUGUCUGUCAUCCUGGAGCAAAAAGCUAAUGCUCUUCAUGCCACCAACAACUUGCAAAUCAUUCCGGACUUCAGUCUCAAGGAUUCUCGAGACCAGACUGUGCUGGGCCUGGCAUUGUGGACUGGCAUGCACACGAUCGCAGCACAGCUGCUGGGCUCUGGGGCUUGCAUCAAUGACACCAUGUCGGAUGGGCAGACCUUGCUGCACAUGGCCAUGCAGAGGCAGGACAGCAAGAGCGCCCUCUUCCUCCUGGAGCACCAGGCAGACAUAAACGUCAGGACUCAGGAUGGGGAGACGGCCCUUCAGCUGGCCAUCAGGAAUCAGCUUCCCCUCGUCGUGGAUGCCAUAUGCACCAGAGGAGCUGACAUGUCUGUGCCGGAUGAACAGGGGAACCCCCCGCUGUGGCUCGCACUGGCAAAUAACCUGGAGGACAUCGCAUCCACUCUUGUCAGGCACGGUUGUGACGCCACGUGCUGGGGCCCAGGGCCGAGCGGCUGCCUCCAGACGCUGCUGCACAGAGCCAUCGAUGAGAACAACGAGCCCAUCGCCUGCUUUCUCAUUCGCAGUGGCUGCGACGUGAAUAGUCCCAGACAGCCUGGUGCUAAUGGGGAAGGAGAGGAAGAGGCCAGAGAUGGGCAGACCCCUCUGCAUUUGGCAGCCUCCUGGGGGCUGGAAGAGACAAUCCAGUGUCUUUUGGAGUUUGGUGCCAAUGUAAAUGCACAGGAUGCAGAAGGAAGAACGCCUGUCCACGUGGCCAUCAGCAACCAACACAGUGUCAUCAUUCAGCUGCUGAUUUCUCACCCCGACAUCCACCUGAACGUGCGAGACCGGCAGGGCCUGACCCCCUUUGCCUGCGCCAUGACCUACAAGAACAACAAGGCGGCCGAGGCCAUCCUGAAACGAGAGUCCGGGGCUGCUGAGCAGGUGGAUAACAAGGGCCGGAAUUUUCUGCACGUGGCAGUUCAGAACUCUGAUAUUGAAAGCGUCCUGUUUCUGAUCAGCGUCCAGGCGAACGUCAAUUCCAGAGUCCAGGAUGCUUCCAAGUUGACCCCUUUGCACCUUGCUGUCCAGGCAGGCUCGGAGAUUAUUGUCCGCAACUUGCUUCUUGCAGGUGCCAAAGUGAAUGAAUUAACCAAGCACCGCCAGACUGCCCUCCACCUCGCUGCCCAGCAGGACCUGCCCACCAUCUGCUCAGUCCUCUUGGAGAAUGGAGUGGACUUUGCUGCUGUGGAUGAGAAUGGAAAUAACGCUCUGCAUCUUGCUGUCAUGCAUGGCCGACUCAACAACAUCCGGGUCCUUCUGACAGAGUGCACCGUGGAUGCUGAAGCCUUUAAUCUACGAGGCCAGUCGCCACUGCACAUUUUGGGACAGUAUGGCAAGGAGAAUGCUGCAGCCAUCUUUGAUCUCUUCUUAGAGUGCAUGCCCGAGUAUCCCUUGGAUAAACCAGAUACAGAAGGAAACACAGUGCUGCUCUUGGCGUACAUGAAAGGGAACGCCAACCUGUGCCGUGCCGUCGUCCGCUCAGGGGCCCGCCUGGGGGUGAACAACAACCAAGGGAUCAACAUCUUCAACUACCAGGUCGCUACCAAGCAGCUGCUGUUUAGACUCUUAGAUAUGCUGUCCAAGGAGCCUCCAUGGUGCGAUGGCUCCAACUGCUACGAGUGCACUGCCAAGUUCGGAGUCACAACACGCAAACAUCACUGUCGUCACUGCGGACGUCUUCUUUGCCAUAAAUGCUCGACCAAGGAGAUUCCUAUUAUAAAGUUUGAUCUGAACAAGCCUGUGCGAGUUUGCAACAUUUGCUUUGAUGUCCUGACUUUGGGGGGGGUCUCUUAG